GGGGUAUAUCCUGUUGACAGCAGAUAGUUUUCGGGUUUUAUUUUUAAUCACAUGACGUCCCUUUAAGCUUAUUUUGAGCCGAUUCUGUUUCCUAAUUAAACUCAGAAACAGCUGUUAAUUACAAAACAAUAGCACUUGUUUUUACGUUCAUAUUUUGACUGACCUUGAUUCUGUUUCGCUUAAUUUUUAUUUCAAACAGACGUGACAAAUUAUAUUAAUUGCUCAUCGCUGAGCCGACAUGCAUUUCAUUCUUGCAGUCGCGGCCUAGUUUAUCGUUGUGCUUUUGUUUUUUUUUUUCACUCGUUUAACAGUUGUCCUGACAUAUUUUCUUUUCAGCAUAAAAUAUCCAGUACGGAGGUUACACUGAUAGCAAGUCCAUAGUUUAAAAUCUCUUUCAUUUGUAGCAAAGAAAAAAAAUCUUAACCCAGUCUUUACAUAGUAGUUUUCUCUUGACCUUUGUGUUUCACAGACUUUAUCUCCGCUUUCACUCAGACCAACAAUAGUACUGUAGCUCUUGUACUCAUUCCUCCAGUAUGUGUGUCACAGGAGGUAGAUUAUAAGCUAAAGUAUAUACAGUUUCUCUCCGGUUCUAUUUUUGUGCUACACAUUAGACACAAGUCGGAAAAGAUAGAGCGAUACACAAAUAACUGGCAGAUAUUUUGUUUACAAACAGAUCGUUACAGACAGCAGGGUUACAGCUGAUUUAACUGUUUAUGUCUUCAUCUUAAGGGCCAAGUUAUUUUUAAACUCAAUGAGAAGGGGAAAGGCUGUGGAAAGGCUGGACCUGAAUUCCUGGCAGCAUGGCCGAUGAUGUAGUGAAACUGCCUCUUCGGCGUCUGGAGCUGCCCAUACACAAGUUUGUCAAGGUGGCCAUUCCCAUUGACCUGGAACGGUUGAAAAAACACCAGAUAAAUAUCGAAAAGUACCAGCGCUGCCGACAGUGGGACAAACUGCACCAGGAGCACAUCCAUGCCAGCCGUACUGUCCAGCAACUGCGUGCAAAUAUCCGGGAGAUGGAGAAGCUGUGCCAGCGUGUGCGUGGCGAGGACACGUUGGCACUGGACAAAAUCAUCCUGCCUGUUAGACAGCAGGCGUCCACCGCCGCUGUGGAGUUUCUGAGACAGCACUCGGAGUCCGCUGAGGAGCUAAGCCACCAGUACAACGCAGCGGCCAACCAGCACUCCAGCCUGACCCGCUCUCUCACUGACCAAGGAAACCUCUACAGCGGAUCCAGUGCUCCAGAGGAAGGAGGAUCCCAGGCGAUGGUUCAGAUGCUGCUGCCUUUUCCGGAAAUCCCCAAGGACCAGAAUGCAGCAGAAUCCUGGGAGACACUAGAAGAGGACUUGAUUGAGCUGAACGGCUUGGUAAAUGAGUUCUCUGAGGUGGUUCAUUCUCAACAGGAGAAGAUUGACAGCAUUGAAGACAAUGUCAACAGUGCCGCUGCAAACGUUCAAGAGGGAACCAAGAACCUGGGGAAGGCUGCAAAGUACAAGCUGGCUGUGCUGCCAGUGGCCGGCGCCCUGAUCGGAGGGGUGGUGGGGGGUCCCAUUGGGCUCCUGGCAGGGUUCAAGGUGGCAGGGUUGGCAGCUGCGGUGAGCGGGGGCCUGCUGGGCUACGCAGGCGGGAAUCUCAUCCAGAAGAACCGCAAGACAAGAAUCGAUCAAGACCUCAAGCAACUUUCCAUCAGCUGCCCUGCUCUCAAUGACCAAAGCGACAGCAAAUCGGAGUGAAUGCUGCUCUGAGCAGUGUGGUCAGAGAGCCUGUCUGGACCGAGAUGUACCUCAGACUCACUGACGGAUCUCGUUCUCCUGGUGGCUGCUGUAGCAAGCACAUUUUAUUUUCUUCUUCAUUGAAAAUACUGUGAUAUUGUGAUACCGGGAAUUACACACCGCAGUUUGUUCAUGACAAUCCUGAAAAAGCGUACACUAUUAAGGACCCCACUGAAAUAUAAGCCACCCCUCUCCCAUUAGCAAAUGGUCCCUUCACUUCUAUCCAGUUACCAGAAGAGGACAGAAGUCCAAUGCAGACAGUCCAAUUCUUUUAAACAUGUGUUAUAACCAAAAUAUUUGCUUUGUUAAUGCAUUGUUAUUCAGCUUGCCUAGGCAUCAAACAGAAAAAAACGGUCCUUUGCUAAUUUAGCGAAGUUGAAAACGUAUUCCACAAUACACAGCACCGCAGUGGCUGAAUGUCGUAAAUUAUGCUUCCUCGCUUCCUCAAUGGGUUGUUUUUGUCAGUGACAGGUGGCAGCAAGGAUCAGAAGUCAAUUCUGAUGUUCUUGCAAAUGCCAUGUACCUACUGUUAAAACCUGUCUUAGGUGGUCACCCUUGCUGCUGGUGAUAAUUCUUAAUGAUUCUGUGGGAUAUAGGUAUUAUUUUUAGACAGUGAUGCAUUCUGUUUUGGAAUUACCCAUUUUCUUCUAUCCCCCCCCCCCCCCCACAGUAUGUUGUACAAUACAAAAUGAAUUGUAUAGGGAUGACGAUAGAUCAUUUUCAAAUUAUUGUAUGGGGAAUGCCUUAUUUACUCUCUUGGGUUCAUCCACCAUUUAAUCAAGAGCCAGGUUUUCAAGUGUCUUCACCAACCUAAACAAAAAGUUUCUGUGGCAAUACAGCAGUACCAAAAUAACUGCUUCCAACUGUAUAUUUUGGGAAUCUACAUGGUGUUUCAAAUGUCCUGGCCUCCACUGAUUUAGGUUUCUUUUGACCUGUUGAAGGUGUUGUACUGUUAUGGGACAAACCCUGUACUUUCCAUUGGUUGUACUGGUUACAGUAAUUUGUUCUACAAUUUAUGUGGUGCUUGUAUAACAAAGCAACACUGCUGCAGCUGUAUUGUGCUGUUGAGCAGACUUACUGGUGGAAGAAAAUGAAAGCGCCAUCAAGAGCCAAUAUGAUUUGCACAAAUGACAAAGCAAGUUCAGAAAAUCUAUUUUUUAAAUGUAAUAUCAGAAUAAUUCUUGUUGAAAAAGCAAACAUAUUUAAUCAUACAUAAACGCAUGAGUCAAUUAAUAUUAUAUCCCACAGGGAAUCCAACAUCCUCCUGCAACCCUCAAAUAGUUUUAGAACAAGCAAUGCUGUGUUUCACCACUUUGUGAAUCACUCACAGACCUGGCACACUGCACAAUAAUCAUUAUAGCCAGGAAGCCAACUUGUCACUUGGCAAACUAUGACACCAAACACUUUCAGUGGUUUAUUCAUCUAAAAUAUUACGUGUUUCCUUCCACAUGGGAGGUAUUUAACCUUCACCCUUUGAUGUGAGGCUUCACCUUAAAAAUAGCCAUCUGUAUUGUCACAGAAGAGAGAUGUCAUGUAAUUGAGUGCUGAUUCACUGUUAAAUGUCAUCAUUAAUGGUUGCAUUUUUUAUAUAUAUAAUAUUGAUGAGGGACUUUAAUGAUCUUGACAGGUAUUGUAUUGAUUGUGCCAACCACUCGCACACAGACGGUUAUUUUAAAGGAUUUCAAAGCAAAAAUAAACUUAAAACUGCCCUAUUGCUUUAGACAUGGUGUAAUGUUAAAAGUGCCUGAACGUAACUUCUUGUAAAUGUCUUAAAAAAAAUAAAACGUUUGUAAACAUUUGUUGUUGUUGUGCAUUUUAAAAGACAAAAUAAAAAGUACACACAAGCAGGCCUUUUAAAAAGUUUGAAUUUAUUUUUUCCCCCCCUCCUACCCUCAAGAUAUGUACGUAACAAGAAAGUGCCUCGCAUCCACCACCGUUCGAAUGGGCUGCAAUGACCCAAGUAGCAGUUCUGUGGCUCUGGUGAAAGUAAAUUCAUAUAAAAAAAAAUAAAAAAAAUUAAAA